CAAUUUUUAAUUUCAAAUAUUGGGCGAAUGGGGAAUUAUUGAUAGCAGUAAUUAUUAUAAAAACGUUAAAAUACGCAAAGAGACUAUAUAGAUAUUAAUCCAAUAAGUUAUUGAUUUACAUAUGUACGUAUAAAACAAAAAUACUUUCACUUUUUUAAGUGGAAAAGAAAAAAUAUAGUGCAGCAGACAACUUAUUAAAAAAGCCACAAAAGUAAGCAAAAAAUAAAAACAGAAAGAAACAAACACAAAAAUUACAACACUACUCCUCAUUUGGUCGUAUUAUAACAUCGCAAAUUAAUAUAUAGACUAUUUACACACAAGUUACAAAAGUAAAAAUACUAUCACAACAGGAGAAAAGGUGUUGGAGGAAGUUAAUAAUUAGUGUCAAAAUAUAAACCUAUUAGUGGCCAGUCUGUUCGAAACCUAUUUGCUUAAAAGACGCGUUGAACGCGCUUAAUUCAACAAUAAGAAGCAACAAAAAUUGCAACGAUUUCAUAAUAGGUACAUAACAAUUGAAAUACAUUGGAAAAAUGGCUAAUCCUUCACCGCUUAUGAGUUUUGCUGCUGUAGUCAAGUCUGAAACUGAAGUUGGUGGAAAAUACGCCAGCAACCGUUGUCCCGUGCCUUCAAUUCAGUUGAAAAUUGCCAAACUAAGUUAUGAUUUGCACGAGGAAAUUCGCAAAUGUUUAGAAAAUUCCACGAUAUCAAAAAGACUAAGAGAAGAACUAGAAAGCUACAGCCGAGAAACACGACGUGAAAUCGUUCGACGCAUGCGAGGCGGUUCACCACCUCUGUUUAUUGCCUGCAGUAGAGGUUGUGUGCCCAUAGCUGAGUAUUUGGUAACAAUAUGUGAAGCUGAUAUAGAACAGAAAGGUUUAUUUGAAGCACCCGAAGAUCGUUCAUAUCAUUUAGUUACACCGCUUUGGUGUGCAGCAGUAUCGAAUAAUUUACCCAUGGUCAAGUAUUUAUUACGUGUUGGAAGUGACAUAAAUGCCACCUCGGAUACGGGAUCCACACCUGUACGUAGUGCUUGUUAUAUGACACACAUUGAAAUGGUGAAAUUUCUUGCUGAAAAUGGUGCCGAUAUCAAGAAAGCCAACAUGAAUGGUGGUACAUGUUUAAUCAAUUCCGUACAAUCACCGGAACUGUGUCUAUUUCUAAUACGCAAAGGCUGCGAUAUUAAUGCUGUCGAUACACAAGGUAAAACUGCUUUACACUAUGCCAUACAAGAACACAGACUGGAGACUACUAAAUUGUUAUUGGAACAUGGUGCCAAUCCGUAUGCUAUUAGUCGUCAUGGUGAUGAUGCUUUACGUACAGCUUGUCUGAAGGGUGCUCAUCCGAUUUUCGAUUACUUAAGAAAUAAUUUGGAGUAUUCUAUUGAAAGGUUGGCGGAAGCCCAUGAACUAAUAGGCUCUACAUUUCUAGAUGAACACAAUGAAAGUCGUUUGGCUGUUUUACACUGGCGCCUGGCACAUCAUUUAAGAGCAUCUCAAAAUCCAUAUAUUGAAAAACUUCCCAAAGUUCCUUUACGUGAAGCGUAUUGCUUUUCAAGUGAAUUUACCACUUUAGAAGCACUCGAUGAGAUGGCCACAGAUAUGGAUGAAAUGCGCAUACAAAGUCUCUUAAUAUGUGAACGUAUACUAGGCAUUACCCACAAAGACACCCUGUUUCGCCUAACAUUUCGUGGUGCUUCAUAUGCCGAUUCCCUGCAGCUGCAACGUUGCAUACAACUGUGGACACUGUUACUCGAAGUAAGAGUUCAACACAAUACUCUGCUCUUUUUUGAUACAUGUUUUGCGGCCCAGGCCCUUGUCCGUCUUAUGUUAGAGUUACAUGAACGUAAUACUGAUUUAAAUCAGAGUAAUUUUGGCAACGAGACUUUACCACAUUUUAAAGAUGUUUUGACUGUUUUCGAACUACUCACCAAUACGGUGGCGAAUUGCCAUUCUCUGCUACAAAUACGUCCCAUAUCCAGGAGGCAACAAGAGAAUUUCGAUAGUAUUUUUAAGUGUAUAGCUCACACAAUAUAUUUACUUAUUGCUACAUCAUGGAGGCCGGAUGAAAUACGCAUUGUGUACUUGUCGGUGCGUAAAUUGAUUCAGGCGAAUAUUACCAGUGCCUGCACAAAUGAUUCACUGUUGCAUGUGUGUGUUUCACGUUUGAAUGUGAUUAAGAGUGGUUUAUUAAAUGAUGAGAAUUUAAAUGUUAUAUUCCCAAAUGCUGAUGUCAUUAAGUUGUUACUGGAAUGUGGCAUAAAUGUGAAUGCAAAAAAUGAAGUCAAGUCAACACCACUGCAUAUAGCGGCUCAGCCAUAUAAUUUUAGCAAUGAGAUCAUAACAAUUCUCCUUGAUCAUGGUGCCGAUUUAGAUCAACCCAAUAAAUCGGAUGAACGUCCAUAUAAUUUAAUUGCACUUAAUUCGGCAAAUACAAUACCUCUUAUGAAUUAUAUUAAUCUUAAAUGUUUAGCUGCCACAAUUAUCAGUAAGUAUCGAAUACCGUAUCGUAAUCAAAUACCAAAAUGUUUAGAAAACUUUGUUAAAGAUCAUGAACCUUGAACUUCAAAGAGUUUCCAAUUUAAAUACUGUGAAAAAUAAUGUUGAAAAACAAUCUGCAUUAUUGGAAAAUUAUGUGAAAUAUGUAAUAAAACAGUGAUAUUAAUCGAAUAAUUGUAUAAACAUAUUUAAAAAUUAUUAAAUUAUUUAUUUAAUUAAUAAAAGUAAUUACAAAGAAAAAAACUGAAUUUAAAAAAAUAUAUUUGUAAAAAACUAAAGUUGUUACUAGUUACAUUUUAGAGCUUAAAAAGUUAUUUAUAAAAAGUUCAUUAUUGUAGAACUUGGUUCAUUUAACUAAUUAUCACCAUGUUAUUAACACAUACAUACAUACUUACACGCAUACAUACCUAUAUAUUUAUACUACAUACAUACUUUCAUACAUACAUAUGUAUAUGAAUGUAUGUAUUACUUAAGGAAAUAAAAUGCCAAUAUUUAUUAUUAUAAAAAUAUAUAUUUAUAAAAAAAUAAAAAAAAAUAAUUUCAAUACUACAAUAUAUUUAUUAUAAAUUAUUCUUGGAACUCUUCUACAAGGAAAUUAAAAGCAUGAAAUAAUAUACAUACAUAUAUACGUACAUAAACUUACAUACAUAUUUAAUAAAGAAAAAAAGGAAAAUAUUAUUAAAAGUAUUUAUAUUUAUUGAAUUUAAAAUAUCUUGAACAAAAAAAUAAAACCAAAAUAAUUGUGUAUCAUAAAAUAUUAAACAAUUUGGAAAAUAAAAACCUGCAAAUUAUUACGAAAAAA